CCAUGAUCAUCCUCCCGGCCAAGGGUAGCGUUUGGUUCUGGGGUUUGAAAGCUAUGAGGGUUCUGUCUGCCAGGAACUGAGGCUUUUGGAUAUCUUUGGGUGCCUCUCUACAGCUAGCCCCCUCCCUUCCCCUGCAAUUGCCUUCCGGGGUGCAUUGUACCGAACUAUGAUGAUAUCUGAGUCUUGCGACCGCUUGCCCCCGACACUAUCUACUUCCAUAUAAUCAAAUCCCUUCCGCCCCAACAUGCCCUUAAUGAUGGACGAUAGUAUCAAUGUUGACGAUCUGUUCGGUGAGCCCACCUCGUUGGAGCUGGGCCUGCCACCAGCUGCUGCCACCACCACCAAAGGCCUUGCGCAGCGUCUGGAUGAAAUGCGCCUGCUGGGGUGCUGCCAGAAGAUCGCAUGGUCCAAGCUGGGGUGUAUUGCUUACAUAUCGCAAGACUCCAUGAGAGUGAAUGUGCGCCAUCUGCAAUGUCGCCCUUCCGAUGGCAAGUGGGUACUCAGUGAUGAGACCCCAUUGAUGUCUGCCACAGAAUCGCAGGGUGGACAUGGUCUCGCCCAUCUGAGUUGGAACGAAGCGGGCUCUGACCUGGCCGUGGUUGAUCUGUCCGGUCGCAUCUCCAUCUACCACAUUCCGUUCGCCCUCAACAGUGGUAACGGGCUGCGACAGCACGCGUUUGCCUCCGACGAUGGGGCUCAAAUUGUUGGCAUGAUGUGGCUCAACACCCAACGCUCAGUGCAUGCUUUCUACCAAGCCGCCAAAGUACAGGGUCGCUGGGCCUACUCGCCCUUUCGCCGCCGGCCAAUAGGCCCUUUUCACCCGGCAAACAAAGCAGCCUUACUCUGCAUCACCCGUUCCGGGUCCAUGAGGCUUCUGUAUCAGAACCCGGAUGGCAGAUGGGACGACAUAUCCACCGAUUUGAAAAACACAAGCUACUCAGAUCGGUUGCUGUCGCAUGCGGCUCUCGUUGCGACUCAGAACGGCAUCCUCGUUGCGACUUAUUCGGUGUGUCAGAAGAUUCGCUUCUACCGGGUGCAAAUCAACUGGAAUCCCCCUCAAUGGGACCCGGCGCAGCAGCCAAAGCAGAUGCAGAACCAGUUCCCGGUUCCCAGCUUCCGAUUCACACAUUCCAAGGUCGAGACGUCUUGUACUGUCCCGGGCACGAUAUCGGACGACCUGCAAGCAGUGUCGAACCCUUUGUAUAGUCUUAGCCGCCUGGAAAUUAUUCUUCCAGCCUCCGACAACGCUGUCGGAUCCACAGCAAACCCGUGGAUUGUUGCCAUUUUCUCAUCCACACCUCAGGCUACUCCAGAUCACCCGGCCCAACAAGGACCCGCGAGUAUUAUUGUCCGAUGGCAAUUGGACACCGCUGCCUUUACUCUGCACCCGAAGUUCGAUGAAAUCACAUCGAAAAGGAACAGCAUCCAGACAAAGCCUAGACCUGUACUGCGUCGACUGGAAGACAUCUAUUCCGAUCGAUACGUCAUCUCGGUGGACCAGAUGGAAUACGGCAACGUGCUUGCUGUCACGUAUGAUGAUAGUUCCGUGUCGUUUUAUGACCCGAAAGCCAUGGCAGUGUUCAAUGGGGUUGAUGAUGCGAACACGGUGACCAGCCUGGCUCAAGCAGGGUUCCACUAUGCCCCUGAUACCUCCGGUCAACACAUCAGUUUCUCACCGAGUGCAUGCGCUGCGGUCAUGCUAGACAGUGAUGGGCAGACACAUCUCCGGGUCAUGGAACACUCCUAUGGAGCUGAGAAUGGUCUCUACGAUGAAAACAAAUUUUCUGCAGCCAUUGCAUCACUCACAUUGGCUUUUUGUCGCGGGUGUGGAAGCGAAGUCAACACCGAUGAUAUACUAUUAAUUCUAAUACAGCAACUUACGCCGGAUGCCCAAAUAACGUUCAUCAACGAAGUUUACCGCGCGCUGCCAAUCAACUGCAACUUCACAGUUGAGCAGGAAAAGUUGAUGAACCACCCCUAUAUUCCCAAGUGUCUCAGUAUACAAGCUGCGUUGGGAUUUGCCGAUAGGUACAGACCACGAAGCUUUGCUUCUGCUGUCUCCUGGUCGAUUCUCCAGCUGCGCCACGCUUCAAUACUAUACCCAUUUUUCUUUCAGUACAACAAAGGGAUUCAGGCCGAGCCACAUGAUCCUGAUGUCCUCCGCAUGGUGCUCGGAAACACCAAGUGGGCACUGGAUUUCUCCCUCUAUAUCCUGAAUGAGCUUUUCGACCUGGCCGAUGAAUUCGAAAAUCUGUCUGCCGACCAAGAAGCGUUUAGCCAGAAAUUAAAAACCACAAACUCGGUGGCUCUCAUCGUCCUUUUGUCAAGCAUGUCCCGUGCUUUCUUGCGCUUCAUCUGCCGAGGCCUGCGAGGCAUCCACGCCGGAUACAACGCACCGCUAGCAGGCGACUCUCGUCUCCAGUAUGCAGAGAUCUGCCAAGCGCUAGAUACAUGCCCAGCGCGGAUCGACGUGUACGAAAAGUUCCUAGCUGGGGUCGAUUCCGCCGUUCGACACGCCUACCAUGGCGCCGGAUUCGGGGACGCCGAACGCCCCGGCCCCGAGAAAGAGCUCCUCGUCAACGCCCGCAUCCCCCCUGUCCUCGUCACCGCCGUCUCGACCAUCCUGCGCCAGACAGUCCCCGGCAUCCGAUCAGACGUGGACCGCAUGGCCAUCUACCUAGGCGACUACGGCUGGCUUGGCUUCGGCUCCGACCGCCGCUCCGAAUGGUACCGACGGACCCGAGAAGUGGACAUCAUCAAGAAAACUCCCAUCCGGAUGACGAUCUCACCGGACCCGGUCGCCAAAAUGAAACAGGGGAUCCUGCGACGGCGCUGUGUCCGCUGCUGCGGCGUGACCGAGGGGUCCUACCCGCCGCGCUCGGUGCUGGCCUUUCGCAUGAUCUUCAAGCUGGGCCAUUUGCGGUCGUGCAUCUGUGGGGGCAUGUGGACGGUGGAAUCGGGCGGGAAUGAGAAUAAAUGAGGGGUUGCUUCGGCCCUGGUGGUCGUUGAUGGGAGUUGAUACCAGUGGUGACUAUGAGUUAGAUCGUUUAGGUUGGUCUUGGAUAGCGGAGAUUACAAUCAACG